GCUUGGGGAAAGAAGCUGAGCUCCGACCUCUCGUUAACGCGCAGGCGCACUUCCUGUGGUCGAAGGUCAGAAGAGGGAGGGCCUCAGAGCUGCGCAUGCGCGAUUCUGUGCAGGGUCGCCAAGAUGUCGUUCCCUAAAUAUGUUCCGUCGUCCCUGGCCACUCUGCCCAGUACCCUCGACCCAGCCGAAUACGACAUAUCUCCGGAAACCCGGAAGGCUCAAGCCGAGCGGCUGGCCAUAAGAUCCCGACUUAAACGGGAGUAUCUGCUAAAGUACAACGACCCCAACCGCCGAGGGCUCAUCGUAAGUGGGGGGCUGGCCGGGAGGGAAUCGGGGGCAGGAGUCUGGGCGGUGCGCUCGGGCUGGGUAGCCCAGGCUGGCCAACGGAGACCACGCAGGGGGCGGCCACCGUUCCCGGAUAAGAAAGAAAAACUUAUCCAGGAAGGAAAAUUGGAUCGAGCAUUUAACCUCUUAUAUUAA